CCUGGGACCCUCGGGCGGGGCGGGGCACGCGGCCGGAGGCUGCACAACUCCUCACUGCCCGGCUCGGCCCCGCGGGCGCAGCAGCGAGCCGGGCGCCGGGCCGCCCCAGGGGGCGCGGGCGCAGGUGGCCCAGCGCCCGGUGGAGCCCCAGGGCCCUGGAGCUGCGGCGCUGGGCAGGUCGAUCGGGGAUCGAUAGAGCUCCGGCAGCACCAUGUCUCGGGCGGCAGAGGCCCUGCCAGCCGGACGGGCAGCGGUCCGAGGUGGCCCGGCUGGGGCGCAGUAGCGGGGAGGGCGGGUGUGCAGCCAGGAGGCUCCUGAGCCCCGGCCCUCGAGACCCAACUCCAGCCCGGGCCGGAACAAGUUGCGCCGGCGGCGGAGGGCCAGGCUGCAGGAACACAGACCCACCAUGCCGGCGGUCAAGAAGGAGCUACCCGGCCGUGAAGACCUCGCUCUGGCUCUGGCCACCUUCCACCCGACCCUGGCAGCGUUGCCACUGCCGCCGCUGCCUGGCUACCUGGCGCCACUGCCCGCCGCGGCCGCCCUGCCCCCGGCCGCCUCGCUACCAGCCGCGACAGCGGGCUACGAGGCGCUGUUGGCCCCGCCGCUCCGUGCCCCUCGCGCCUACCUGAGCCUGCAUGAGGCCGCCCCGCACCUCCACCUGCCCAGAGACCCUCUGGCCCUCGAGCGCUUUUCGGCCACUGCGGCCGCGGCACCGGAUUUCCAGCCGCUGCUGGACAACGGCGAGCCCUGCAUCGAGGUGGAGUGCGGCGCCAAUCGCGCGCUGCUCUACGUGCGCAAACUCUGCCAGGGCAGCAAGGGUCCGUCCAUCCGCCACCGCGGCGAGUGGCUCACACCCAACGAGUUCCAGUUCGUCAGCGGCCGCGAGACGGCCAAGGACUGGAAACGCAGCAUCCGCCACAAAGGGAAAAGUCUGAAGACGCUUAUGUCCAAGGGGAUCCUGCAGGUGCAUCCUCCGAUCUGCGACUGUCCCGGCUGUCGAAUAUCCUCCCCGGUGAACCGGGGGCGGCUGGCAGACAAGAGGACAGUUGCCCUGCCCCCUGCCCAGAUCCUGAAGAAGGAGCUGACCCCCAGCUUCUCAGCCAGUGAUGGCGACAGUGACGGGAGUGGCCCGGCCUGUGGGCAGCGGCUGGGCUUGAAGCAGGAGAACGAGCCGCAUGUCCAUAUCAUGAAGAGAAGAGUCCACACCCACUGGGACGUGAACAUCUCCUUCCGAGAGACGUCCUGCAGCCAGGACAGCGACCUUCCCACCCUCAUAUCCAGCGUGCAUCGCAGCCGCCACCUCGUUAUGCCUGAGCAUCAGAGUCGCUGUGAAUUCCAGAGAGGCAGCGUGGAAAUAGGCCUAGGAGCCGCAGGUGACCUGUUGGGCAAGAGGCUGGGUCGCUCCCCCCACAUCAGCAGUGACUGCCCUUUGGAGAAGAAGGCCCGAAGCAAGUCUCCUCAAGAGACUCUGUUGCUUCCGGAACUAGGGCCCAGCAUGGCCCCUGAGGAUCAUUACCGCCGGCUGGUGUCUGCCCUGAGUGAGGCCAGCACCUUUGAGGACCCUCAGCGUCUCUACCACCUGGGCCUCCCCAGCCAUGAUCUCCUGAGGGUCCGACAGGAGGUGGCCGCAGCAGCCGCGAGGAGCCCCAGUGGCCUGGAGGUCCACCUGCCCUCAUCCACAGCAGGUCAGCGUCGGAAGCAGAGCCUGGCUCAGCACAGAGACGGCACUGGCCCAGCUGGCGCCCCAUCCUUCUCAGAGAGGGAGCUGUCGCAACCGCCCCCCUUGCUGUCGCCCCAGAAUGCCCCACACAUCGCUCUGGGCCCCCACCUCAGGCCCCCCUUUUUGGGGGUGCCCUCGGCCCUGUGCCAGACCCCAGGUUACGGCUUCCUGCCCCCUGCCCAGGCGGAGAUGUUCGCCCGGCAGCAGGAGCUCCUGCGGAAGCAGAAUCUGGCCCGGCUGGAGAUGUCAGCAGAGCUCUUGCGCCAGAAGGAGCUGGAGAGUGCGCACCGGCCACAACUGCUGGCACCCGAGGCCACCCUGCGCCCGCCGGACGGUGCUGAGGAACUGCAGCGGCGCGGGGCCAUGUUGGUGCUGAGACACAGCUCCGCACCGCUGCUGGCCCUGCCUCCCCAGGGUCCCCCGGGUCCCGGGCCCCCUACCCCACCCCGAGAGCCUGCCCGCCGAGCUCCUCGGAAAGGGGGCCCCAGCCCUGCCUCAGGCCGGCCCAGUGAGUCCAAAGAGACAACGGGAGCUGGACUCUGGGCACCAGACGGUUCUGAAGAUGAACCCCCCAAGGACUCAGACGGCGAGGACUCCGAGACGGUGGCUGCUGGAGGCCAGGUCCCCCACCCAGGCCAAGCCCCACCUGGAGGGGCCAGCUCUGAGGGGAAGGGACUUCUCUCAGGGUCCAUGCUGCCCCCUCCACUGCCCCUGGGCUUACCCUACACCGUCAGCCCCUUCUUCCACACAGGCACCAUGGGGGGCCUCUUCGUGGACGGGGAGGAGGCCACAACCCCAGAGGACGUCAGCAAGUGGACAGUGGAUGACGUCUGCAGCUUUGUGGGGGGCCUGUCUGGCUGUGGAGAAUAUGCACCGGUUUUCAGAGAACAGGGGAUUGACGGGGAGACCCUGCCCCUGCUGACAGAAGAACACCUCCUGACCACCAUGGGGCUGAAGCUGGGGCCUGCUCUCAAGAUCCGGGCCCAGGUGGCCAAGCGCCUGGGCCGCGUCUUCUACAUGGCCAGCUUCCCCGUGGCUCUGCCACUGCAGCCACCAACGGUGCGGGCUCCUGAGCGGGAGCUCAGCUCAGGGGAGCAGCCCCUGUCCCCAGCAUUGGCCCCCUCCCCCUAUGGGGGGAUGCAUCCCCCAGCCAGCCGCGCCUCACCCAAGCAAGAGAAUGGAACCAUGGCUCUGCUCCCAGGGCCUGCGGACCCCUCCCAGCCUCUGUGCUGAACUGGUGUCAGACCCAGGCCUUCAGUGCCAGCUGUUCCCAGGCAAAGGCCACUCCCCCCACAGCUUAUCCCCUUUUUGUUUUGGAUGCAAAAACAAUUUUAAACACAUGACAUUCAGUUUCCACAGACUCUGGGGGUGACUGCAGAGCCUGGUGCAUACCCUGGGGGUCGGUACUCUGCAUCCCAGGAGCUGCAAAUAAGCCAGAGACCAAGGAGCCACAGAGGCGCGUGGCACUGGCCCCACCACAUGGCUGCAUCAGCUCGCCACAUCGGGUAGGUGCAUUCCUGCCCGCCACCCUGGGCUGUGGCGGGAAGCGGGCCCUGCGGUGGUUUACGGAUGCAGCUCCAGGAACCGGAUGGCACUUGGUACUUUCUGGUCUUUUAUGUUGUAAAAAUAAAGCCCUGUCCACCAUCUACUGCCCUUUCACCCUGCAGGGGCGCUAACCUCAGGGCCUCUGGGCUCAGCCCCAGUGGAGAAGCAGCAUGCUUGACUGCCUGGGGUGGCAGGAAUACUGCACAGCAGCCCCCGCAAGACUCUAGGUGGGCAGUCCUCAGUCCUCCUCAGAGAGUUGUAGAUCCUGCAGCUCGUCCUCUGGCCCCUGGGCCAGCUGCCACAGCUCCUGGGGGUCCAGCCCCGCCUGUGUGUCUGGGCUUCCAUCUGCAGGGAGAGAGCACAGCUACAUAAAUUCUGCUUUAUCAGGAAGAAGCCAGCCUCAGAGGUUACUCAUCACUAAUUAAUCACAGCACUAAUUAAUUUAUCGCUGCUGCUGUUGCCGGCUGCCAGAGCCAGCCAGGAUGGAGCAGCUGGCCCGAUGUCCCCAGGGAGGGGCGUGGGCCCAGCUUAGAGCCAAUGGCUCUGCCCACCCACAAGAUCCCCCAAGGCAGCCCUGGGCUCCAGACAGAUGGGCUCAAAAACCAUAGCAGCCCUCACUCUAGGAACCACUUACCCUCUGACUUGCUGACUUCCUCCUCCCCGUUGCUACUGCUGCUGUCAUCGUCCUCCUCCUCCACUUUCUGCCAAGCUCCUGGGGACCCAGGCAUCCCUGAAAACCAAGCACAGGCACCCAUGGGAGUGGACCCACGAGCAAAUGCAGAGGUGGCCGCUAAAGCAGCAGGGAGGCUAGGGGCACAGCCUUGUACCACACCUUCCUUUCGGUCUCUUGUUCAACUGGAGAGGACCCGGAACUGCCCCCAAAAUGUUGUGGUGGGAGGGGGUGACACAAGGCUUAGGGGUCCAUGUUACAAUUCCAGGAGGGCCCCCACCUCAAAGCCAGCCACGUGGCAGGAGGGGCAGAGGGGUGAUGACAAGUGCCCUUCCUGUGGUUCCAUGAGGUGGGAAGCCUGCUAGGCGCACCUGCUCCCAUGACCCCAGCACAAGCUGAAGCUCACUCAGGCCAAACCUCUCUUUGUGAAGUCCGGGGCAUCAUCCUGAUCAUCACUAUCCAGAUCGAAGAGGUCCUUGAAUUCUGCCCUGUCCUCAUCCUUCCUGUCCCCCACCUUGCGGCGCUUUACCUCUGGGAAGUUCAAGUCUUCCAGCUGGAAGGACAGGGACCAAGAGCAGUAGGUGAGGGCGGUAGCCCACCUACCACAGCCAGAGCCCAACUCACAUUCCCACUGAUGGCUUUACCAAGACCCAGUCCUGCUCCCUCUUCCCCACCGAACACCCCUCCAAUAGCCUCCAGUCAACCCUCCAAGUGAGGACCCUGCCUGGCCACUUUUGGGCCAAUCGGUCAGCAUCACUGGAUAGGAUUCCUGGACAGUGGCCUCACCAGGCCAGUAAGCAGGCCACUAAGUGCCACUGAAGCUCCAACCUUCCUGUUCCCCCCCAAUUUCAGCCAUUACCCCAGAACAGACAGCAGCCCACACUGACACCAGGGCAUGGCUGCAGACAGCCAUAUCACUUGGCACGAAGCCAUCCCCUCAGGUCACGCCAUCCAUACCCACUGCUCAGGCCCAAACCCAAAGACAGAGCUAGACCUCUUCCAGCCCUCCCUGCAGGUCCACAUGACAAGGUCAGCCCAGAACUCACCCCACAAAAGUCCCAGCCCAUCAGGCCUGAAAAGGGGCAGCAGAUGCUCUGCCCCAGCACAGCCCUGGGGCCUUUCCUCCUGGGGGUCACAGGAGAAGCCCCCAGACUCUACUUGGGGCUCUGCUCACCAUCUGCUCUGUCAGAGUAGCAGCAGCUGGGGGCAGCACCCACCGACCCCCACUCACAUCCUCCCAGCCAAGCUCAUAUCCCAGAACCCACGCCAUACUCGUUCUUUGCCACUAAUCUCCAGCUGAAUCUCACGGUCCCUCAGCUUUCGCCACUGGCUGUAGUACUUGGUAAGCGGGGUCCCCUCCUCUCGGGUUCGCUUCUCCCAGGCAUCCUGUGCAGAAGUCCAGGGUCAUGUCCCACCCUAGGCAAACUCCCAUAUACCAGCCAUACACUGACUGGUGCCCCCAGGGCCUGGGCUCUGGCCCCCAGCUGACCACUGCACGCUGAUCAGACACGCCGAAGGAGACUCUCUGGCGGGCACUGCGGACGUGCUCUGCGUUCUCCUGCACCUUCUCGAGCAGCUGGCGCACCUGACGGCAGUAGUUGGCCACCUUGCACUCCCGGAGGAAGGAUUUCAGCUGCAGAAGAAGAGGCUCAGCCUAGCUCCAGGCACAAGGCUGUUCUGUACAGUGCAGUGACCGCAGACAGGCAGGGGUGGGGGGUGGGGCGGUGUCAUGGGUUCCUGUGUUUCAGGCCUGGGGGACACUCCUGUGACAGGGGAGCCCUGGUGCACAUGGGUGAGGGGGUGUUGCUGUGUGACCUCUAUAGCCCAGCCCCUGAGGGCCUAUGCAGGGCUGACGGGAGAAUAUGCAUCAAGCCUGGGGACCAGGCAGAGGGGUGGGCAGUGGUGGGGACAGCAUGGAUCUACUCUCUAGGCUACAUCCCACCCACUGCCUGUCUCUGUAAAUAAAGCUGUACUGGCACAUUUGUUCAUGCA